CUUCAGAAGAAAUAAAUGCUUUUUCAUCUGGAGGCAUCUGAGUCAAACAAAUGGCACCACAGGAGAGCCAUCUGACAGCCACGCUCUUGACUUCCAUCCUGGCAGCAGUGCUCGGCUCCUUACAGGUUGGCUACCAUACGAGCAACGUCAAUGCUUCAGCCAAGAUCAUUGAAGAGUUUUACAACCAAACUUGGAGAGCCAGACAUAACCAGUUGAUGCCAGAUCACAGUCUGACUCUCCUGUGGUCACUCUCAGUCAGCAUUAAGGACUUUGGAGCCUUGUUAAGUUCUCUGGGAGUCAAAUACCUGGCAGACACUUACGGCAGGCGUAAUUCCAUCCUGAUAGCAAAUUGCAUGUCUGUAGUGGGAACUUGUCUAAUGUCCACCUCUAAGGCCAGCCAGUCGUUUGAAGUUCUCAUCAUGGGACGGUUGGUAUUUGGUCUGUUCUGUGGUUUGGCGAUGAGUCUCAAUCCCCUUUACAUCCAGGAGGUGUCCCCCACCAAUCUGAGAGGAGCCUUUGCUACUCUGAACCAGGUGUCCUUUGCUUCUGGCAUCCUGGUGGGAAUGGUGGCUGGUCUGGAGACAGUGCUGGGUACAGAACAUUUGUGGGCGAUGAUGCUGUCUCUGUCGCUUGUCCCAGCCCUGACACAAUACCUGGUCCUGCCUUUCUGCCCUGAGAGUCCUCGUUAUCUGCUCAUCAACCGGAACAAAGACAGCAAGGCAGCGGCUGCUCUGCUCAGACUCAGAAGCAGUGUUGAGAAGGUUCAUGCCGAGCUGGAAGAAAUGAAAGAAGAAGAUGCUCACACUCAGACCAGCAUCACCACCACGGAGUUCUUCAAAAAGCAAAGCUACAGGCAGCCCAUCUUUAUUGUCCUCAUCAUCAACUUGGGCAGCCAGCUGUCUGGAUUCAACGUGAAAAUCAGUUAUUCCACCAGGAUUUUCCAGUCCAGAUUUGAAGAGGCGAAGUGCCUGACUCUGGGUGUGGGAGCUGUAAACGUGACCUUCACAUUUGUGGCAUUCUUGCUGAUGGAGAGAGCAGGGAGGAGGCGAUUGCUCCUCAUCGGUUUCAUCUCCAUAGCAACAUGCAAUGUGCUCAUGACAGCUCUAGAUUCUAUCCUGCAGCUGACUCCAGUGCUGCGGAUCCUGCAAGUCCUGCUGGUCUUCAGCCUGAUCUCAGCCUAUGAGCUAGGUCCUGGGCCCAUCUCCUGGUUCAUCGCCGCUGAGCUGUUUGACCAGACGGGCCGACCUAUGGCUAUGACUUUAACUAGCAUGCUGAACUGGGGAGGGAAGUUUGUUCUGGCGCUCGUCUUUCCUCCGUUACUGAAAGUCUUCGGCUCGUACGUCUACCUUCUCUUCACCACCGCGGCUCUGCUCGCCUUCAUACUCAUCUGGAUCCGCCUUCCGGAGACAAAAGGUCGCACAUUUGACGACAUCGCUGAAGAGUUCAGAGGCGCUGAGGGCAUUGUUUUAUUCAAUAAGACUGGAUUCAACACUUUUAACUGA